GUCAUUCUGGUUCCUCUGUGCCUAUUCGUGCCCCCCUGACUAUGGAGAACCCCGGCGAAUCCCACGGCUCGGCGCUGAAGCGCCUCCGGGCGGCCCGAGCGUGCGAGAUGUGCCGACUGAAGAAAAACAAAUGCGAUGAGCAGAGCCCAUGCACACAUUGCAAGAAUCGGAAAACGAAAUGCAUCUACCGCGGGGUGAACAACGUGAGGAGCAGUAGCUUCACCCAUUCUGAAUACAUUCGCCAGCUCGAGGAACAAGUCAUAGCAUUGUCGUCCAGUCCUGCACACGCCAAGACUGGCAGCAAUGCUGCCGCAAGCACAGCAAUUUCUCCAUCGCCGGGGCUGCUGCUGGGUGGCUUGUUGUCGGGAGGUGAGCGGUCUGGCACCGACUGGAUCCCUGCACAACCGGUCAACGACCCGCAAGCGAGGUCCAGGGCCGGCGCACAGGAGGUGAUCGGUGUCAACUGCCACACGCGCAGCUUUGAGUUCUAUGGCAGCUCCAGCUCAGUCGCUCUGCUAGCACGUGUCCGAAAUACAGGCGACCGCCAAGAACCUGGGCAGCACGGACGCGAAGACCAAGACGAUGACGACGACGAAGAUCAAGGCGAAGACGAGGCUCUAGUCUCCAGUCUUCACAACCCGGCCUUCUCUGUCAACCGGGCCGAGACGGCUCAUGCCCCCCUGACAGCAGCGGACACGGGAAUGAGUGCGCAAUCGCCUUCCGUAUCGCACUGCCGCCUAUUCGUGGACAGCUUCUUCGCGACGCUCCACUACAUCUACCCGAUCCUGGACAAGGCGGCGUUUCUGGGGUGGUGCGAGUUGAUAUGGACGGGCAACACUUCGUCACUCAGCCAGAGCUUCAUCGCCCUCUACUAUAGCGUCCUAUCUCUGGGCGCCCUACUGAGACCCAGGGAGGAGGAACCCAUGAGCGGCGCCGACAACGUGAAAUGGAGCAGGAAGUGCUUUGAUGAGGCGAGGAGGCGUUCCAGCUCCGCCAUGGUGACGGACCUCGAAAUGGUCCAAUGCAAUUUCUUCUUGGCCAAAGUAUGUCAGAAUGAACUCAGCCCGCACUGGGCGUACAUGCACAUCGGAAUGGCAGUGAGAAUAGCCCUGUCGAUCGGCAUCAACCGCGAGCCGCCGGCCAACUGCAAGAAAGAUCCCGCGUUCCUAAGGACAGAAUCCAGGACUUGGUGGGGCCUUUACUUUCUCGAGACCGAGACGGCCUUUUCCAUCGGGAGACCCGACACACUGGGGGCUGAUCUGUACCACAACAGGCGCUAUCCCAUGGUCUUGGGAGAUCCGCUGGCCGCGGGAACACCGCCCGAGCUCCUUGAGCCACCACACUGCGCCAUCAUCAAGUACAUGGUAGACUUGUCGCGAAUAACGAGAUCCAUCUGCCUACAUAUCUACCUGUCAGAUUUGAGUCUCGAAAGAGCUGUUGAGAUUGGGGGCCAGAUUGAGCGAGAUCUCGAGCGUUGGGUUGAGAGCCUACCGCCGGCACUCCGCCCACUUGGUGACUCCGGCCAGAAGAGACCCCUGCGUGCGGCCAUGGAGCCUCAGUAUGUCAAAAAACAGAGACUUGCGACUACGGUCCGGUAUCACAACCUUAGGAUUCUCUUGUUCGGCCCGCUCUUAACGAAGGCCUCGACGGUCGAGCACGCUUGCCCCGUGGAAGCAAAAACGAACAUCGCAAAGUGUCUCGACUCGGCCAGACUCACGAUAGAGAUUAUCUACGAGACUUACCAGCACCAGGACUUCUUCCGGACUUGGUUCUAUAACACAACCUAUACCCUCUUUGCAGCUUCCAUAAUCCUAGUCUACAUAUCCCAGGCAGCUGAGGAGAGGGAGCUUCAAGCACUCUUCAAGCUCGUGCAGAUGGCGGUGGAGAUCCUGGAGACGAUGGAAGAGUCUGUCGUCGUGGCGAAAGCUGCUAAGCUCAUUCAAAGGGCCCUAGCGAGGGCGCAGCGGAGGGCUCAUCCGGGGCUUGGCAAUGCCGCCGGGGAAACCGUCGGAGAGGGCAGUUUCCUGCCGUUCAACCAACCAUGGAGUCCGUUUGGCGUGAUCAGCGCUGAGAGCGACUUUAGCUUGCCUUUCCAGUUCGGGUAUCUUGGAGCAGAUGCCUUCUUUGGAGAUCUCAGCAAUGAGUUCUACGACAGCAUGAGGCCUCCCAUGGUUCCCGAGUUUCACUGAUGCAUAUGGUUGGGGGAUAGUGGCGUAACUAGUUCCUUGAGAGUGCGGGGGGUUCUGUUGAUAGUUUGGAUCCUACACUAUACGUGAACCGAGCGACGCCAUUUCAAAUCAUUCAACGUUUUGGGAAC